AUCUAAGUUAACGCAAUUGACCCUUUCACGUAUCUUUCAUUCGCGAUUCAUCCCGAUCCCUCUUGAUUCGAACAGUUUUAGGUUAAUUGAUCGAUCUUUUACUCGUUUCUGUCUCUUGAAGCUGAUUCUGGUUCAUUCCAUAUCGUUUCGUUAGCGAUCUAAAUUACACCUCUCAACACAAAUCUAUGUUUAUACUAUUUAGGGAUUUGAAGAAAGUACUCGAAGAUGGAGGAGUAUUUGCAGUAUAUGAAGACCCUGCGCUCUCAAAUGAACGAUGUGGAGGAUCAAGCAGCGAAGAUCUCAGUUGAAGAGCAGAUGCAGAUCACCACCAUUCAAACCAUGGAAAAAGAUCUCGAAUCCGCAAAAUCUGAAACAAAGCAACUCAGAGAAGACGGUGAUCGAAUGAUAAAGGUGAAAGGCCAAGUAUGCUCUCAGAUUUUGGACAAACAGAGAAAGAUGGCCUGUUUGGAGUUUGAUUCAUCUACACUUUCUCAGACAUUGGAGCUAAUGCAACAAGAAAGAGUCGGCUUGUCUGUCAACCUUACUCAGAAGAGCACUUACUAUGCCAGGGUUGCAGAGGAUAUCAACACAAGAUUACAGCAACAACAGGAGUGGUUCACUUCUAACAUGAUUGGUAGAGCAACAGGAGAGCAUGGAACGGUUAGGUCUGAUAAGCAAACAGCAAAGGUUGAAGGGAAAUCUGGAACUGGAAACAGCCUCGUCAUGGAUGAGAAUGGCAAUGAUGCAAGGAAGAACUUAACGGCCCAGUUCGACUCUGCCCAAGCCAAGCUUGAUGAAAUUGUGCAGAUGAAAUCCAAACUUGUUAUGGAGAACAUCAAGCUGAAGCAGUCUAUUGACAAAGCGAGGCGUAGAAUGAAGGAUUUGAAGCCUGAGCUGUUGGCUAUGGACAUAAAGACCAUUGAAGAUGAACAUAAAGCCCUUUUAUCUGACAAAUCAGGAGAAACCGAGUAUUUGCAGUCCUUGCAGGACCAAAUUGAGAAGCUAAAGGUAAAUGUGGUUAGUCUCUUGCUUUUUAUAUAUUGGACCUUUUUAUGCUUUGAUGACAUGGUCUUUGCAGUUGCUAAAGCUUAAUUCACCAAUGAAAAAAUCUAAUUGUGUGCCUUUUGCUCAAGAAACCAAGGUUUGAAUUGCAUUUCAAUUCAAAUGGUGCAAGAUGCUGACUAUGUUUUAUGCUGUUCAUCUACAAAAAUAGUUGACUGCCUCGAUUGAAUUUGCCUUUCCUUUAAAAUUGUCUGUUUCAACUCAUGGCUUAUGCUUUCUACAGGGAAUUGAUCACAUAAUCAAAUGUGCAUGUGGACAGGAAUAUAAGGUUGGGGCAAAUUUUGCAGCAUGAUGAAACAUUAUACAUGUACGAAAACGUUGGACGACUUGAAAGGUAUGUUUUGUGCAGGUAAGAAUGCAACCUUGUGAAAACUCGAUUUUCAGAAUUAAAAAAUGAAAUAUGAAUAGAUGAUGUGUUGCUGAGAGUAAAUAAUUUAGAUGGUGUCUAUGAGAACACUAACGGACCAGAAUAUGCACUCAAAAAAGAGGGGUACAUAUUUCUUGCUGCUGCAUACUGGAGGGAAGGAAAACAUGCACAAAAGAAAGUAUAUAUAGGUAAUACGAAUGCUUUUGUACCUGAUGGUCACAAUUGUAUGCAUGUCUACGUAGAUGUGAAGUGGAUGCUAUUUCAUGUGUGGAUGCCUUUUUCUGUCAUUUGGAUACCAAACCAAAAAUCACCAUCCUUUUCUUUUCUAUUACUGUGCACAUUAAAUAAUAUCAUCUCUUCUGCUAAUUAUGAUA